UAAUACCUAACACAUUAUAUAUAAACCUAAGAAAAUAGUCACAUUCUUAUAUGAAGAAUUUAUGUAACUAUUUGAUAAAAUAACUAAAUACAUAUAAGAAAACAUUACACAUUUUGAAACACUUAAUGUUAAGAGUGAAACCAUAUUAAAAUACCAUCUGUUAAUUUGAUAUCUACAUAGAAAAUGACAGUUAAUGAAAAAAAAGAAGAUUAAAUUUUCGUAAACUGUCAAGUAUUUCUCUCUUAGUUACGUCCAUUGUCGGGUCGCACCUACUUCAAGUUGUUAUGAAACAAAAAUCAUAUUCACCUCAAAGAAAAGCAUAGACGUAGUCACGUAGGUGUGUAUAGCAUGUAUAUAUUAUACGGAUUACUAUAUAACUACUGUUGAUUCACAAGAAUACAUAAUACAAUAAAUUUUCGUUUUCCAUGAAUGAUACACAAAAAUUAAAACAAUGUAAUAAAACACUAAUAUACGUUAUUUGCGGGUAGCCACUUGGAACAAGCAAACAUAAAAGAUUAUAGAUCAGUCAGCUAACUCUAACUAAAAUCCAAAGUUCGCAUCAUCUGCCUCCCCAAAAAUCCCUACGAUCCGACUAAUCAAAUGUAUUAAAUUAAAAAUCCUUGAUCGUUUAAUUUGCUUUAAUUUGUAUUUGUGACAAUUGACCUCCAUUAUUGUCAUUACACCCUUGCUUCAUCUUUUUCCGUAAUCCACCACCUACUAUUAAUCAUCUAGGGUUCCUCUAACAACCAAAAAAAGAAAGAAAAACUUUCUUCUAGGGUUUGCCGUAAACUUCUAAGUUGUCCCUCUAGCAUGGACAAACCUGGUGGCCUCUUCAUCCCCAAGAAAAAACAAUCAUCAUGGGAAGAGCUGGCCUUCGCAGAAGACGAUGCCGCCGGAUCUUUGUGGCCGCCAAGAUCUUACGCGUGUAGCUUUUGCCGGAGAGAGUUUAGAUCGGCUCAAGCCCUCGGGGGCCACAUGAACGUUCACCGAAGAGACAGAGCACGGCUUAAGCAAUCUGACGAUCAAUACUUAUUCUCCAAGUCUUCUUCGUCUCCGGAGCAUCCAUCUCAUAAAAAUAGUGAAACCUCUUGCUAUACUUUGUUUUUUAACUCCAGUCCUAAUCGUUUUAAGUCUCAACACUCCCGUGUUAUUGAUCUUCCAUCUUCUCCUUCUUCUUUAUUAUAUCUGCCUCCUUCUAGGGUUUCUUCCGGUUUGCCUCAAAAGCAAGAUACGUCUUCUUCUUCUCCGAACGCUAUAGAACCUUCCAACAAUUCUGAAAAUAUUCUCUCUUCUUCCCCACGGUCGUGCCCGAAUACUUUUGUGAAGAAAAGGAGUUGUGAUCUUUAUGAAACUCCGGUUAUAGAAGGAAGCAAGAAGAGAAAGAUCGAGAGAGAUGUACCAAAGAACGGGGAUACAGAGAAUGUUAAUCUUGGAGACACCACUGAUCUCUCACCGAGAAUGAAUCUGGUGAUCCACGAGGGUUAUCCGAUUACUGCUCAAGUGAGCGAUGAAGAGGUAGGGAGGGGUGAUAGCCUUAAGAAAAGACGAAUGCGUGAGAGUUCAUCGGAGCCGUCGAUUUUCGUUUCAAGUUUUUCUUGCAAGAGUGCCAUUAUUACUAGAAACGAGGAGAUCAAACCUAAGGGUGGUCACUUUGAGGAUUUAGAUCUUGAGCUUAGGCUAGGGGCUGAUCCACCAAAGGAAAAUUGAUUGAUGGAUAUCAUCCAAAAAAUAAGAAGGUAUGGAAAAAGUUAUAUACAAAAUACAAAAUUUGUAUGGUAAUGUUUAUUUGUGUUACUUGGGUUAAUCAUUCCUUGGGUUUGCAUUGUCUAAAAUGUAUGGAUAUAUACAGAUUUUGGAGAGUUUCUUUCUAUUAUUUUGUGAAAUUGUAUGAAAAUAACAGUUCAAUGGAAUAAAAAAAUUUAAAGAGAAUAUCAAGUAAUAUCAGAAUGUAAAGCACUCGAGGCUUGUAUAUAUAUAUGCACUACUUUCUCGUACUUAAAUAUUGGGAAAAUUUCAUGUUUACCAUUUUC